CUCCCACAGUCCCUUGCAGCGAGGGGUAUGACAUCACAGCGUUGCCGGAGCGAUUGAAGCGGACGGUGCUCGCUGCUGUGCUGCAGGUUUGAGGCUGAGUGCAUCAGAAACACCGGUAAGGAUGGCUCGGUGCUGCAGGAUCCGCGCUCUCAUCUCGCUGCUCCUCGUUUCCCUGACAGCUGCGGCUGAUGUGUUUGACAGCCAGCUCGGCGAUAUCGCGUACUGCAAGAAACAGUGCCAGACCGCCUUAAAACACGGCAGCAGCGCUAAACAGGACCGUGUCCUGAACGCCUGCCACCGCGGCUGCCGGCUCUUCUCAAUCUGCCAGUUUGUGAAUGGGAACGCCGGGUUCAACACCACCCUGUCCGAGUGCGAGGGGGCCUGCCUGGAGGCCUACAGCAGGAGAGAGGAGCAGGACAGCUGUGUCGCGGGCUGCAGGAGCCAGCCUUCCGAGGCAGAGAGCAGGAGGAGAAGGCUCGAGGCCUUGGCCCACAAGGCCCACCCCUCCGUGCUUGACAUGGUCUCUGAUUGGUGCAGCAACAUCGUGAGCUCCGCUCAGAGCUUCAUCUCCUCCACCUGGACCUUCUACCUGCAGGCUGACGAUGGCAAGGUGGUGGUGUUCCAGAGCCAGCCUGAAACUGAGUACGCAGCUCCAGAACUACAGGCUCCCAGGUCUAACGUGGCUGAGAAAUCCUGGCCUCCAGUCAAUUCCAACACCCUGACACCACACGCAGGACCGCGCGAGCGAGCGGAGAAAGGCUCCAGGAAACCAGUCAAGCCCAAACACCCCCCCCAGCUCACAGGCGCCCUGCCAUCAGAGCAUGACUUCCUGGGCUGCAUGUCCAGGCGCUCAGGACUGCCUCGUUGGAUCCUGGCUGCCUGUCUCUUCCUCUCCAUCGUGGUGAUGUUGUGGCUCGGCUGUGCCAGCUUGGUGACGGCUCCAGACCAGCACGUCAAGACACAGCUGAGUAUAAACGGUGACAAGGAGUUCCUGGAUGACGUGAGCAAAGUGUCUCCUUACCCCCUGACGCCUCUGAUCGCUGUAGCCAUCAAUCAAACGGACGAGAGCGAGGAGGCGGGGCCGCUGCCCAUCAAAGUGGACUUGGACAAGACGAGCAUCUAGCGCACUCCUUCAUCCUGCUCCUUUCUGUUUAUAUAAGCGUGUCAUUCGUUUUGCUUUUCAUUGCCGUACUGUAGCUUGAAACCUUGAUGUAUUUCAAAUCCUGCUGGCCGAGUCACAUACCCGAGCAGAGAGCCAGGAGAGGAACAGGGAGGGUGCUGCUAGUGCUGAGGCAGGUGCUGGAGACCUGUGUUUUUAAAGUCUUGGUUUGAUGUUGCUUUACUGUACAGCUUGACUGUGAGUCGCUGCAGGCUCAGUUCUCAGUUUGGUACGCCUUGCAGCUUUUUUUUAAAUGACUGUUAUUAAAAAGGGUUCUUCUG